AUGGCAAUUAGCACAGAAUAUAAUCAACGACGUUGCUCAGAAUUUAAUAAUAAAGUUCUUUGUACAUAUAUCUGGUACUUGCAAGAAUCAAAUGGUCAGGGCAAAUUAGUUAGUAAAUCAACUCAUGCAAGACAUUUAUUAAAGCAACAAAAUACUUGGCCUAAUUCACAAAUUCCAGUUCAAGAGAGACAUCUAGUUACUCCUAUUUUUCAAAAUUCUUCAACGAUUGUAUUAACAUUAUCCGCUGUACCAGUAGUAAUAUUAUGUACUAAUCAAGGUGAAACAAAUCAAAAUUGUAUUAAUAUAGAAUUGAAUAACUUAUUUAGCCAUAAUUAUGAAAUAUUAAAUAGUGAAAAGGAAUAUGCAGUGUGUAAUAUAGAUAAUAAUGAGUAUAAUGAUGAAUAUGACGAGAAAUAUAAUAGUGAAUAUAAUGAGAAAGAUGAUGGGGAAUAUAAUGAUAAAUAUAACAAUAAAUACAAUGAAAAUAGUAAGGAAGAAAAUGAGGAGUAUAAUGAGAAAUAUGAUAAUAAUGGAUAUGAUGAUGAGGAAUAUAAUGAAGAAUAUAAUGAGGAGUGCAGUAAUGAAUGCAGUGAAGAAUUUGAUAUUGAAGGUAUUCAAUAUAUUGAUGGUGUAACUGAAGAAACUUUUAUUCUUCAUACUCAUAUUCUAAGUUGGUCAGGUGAUAUUCUAGCACUUAUCAAAGUUAUGUGUACAACUGGACAUAACUCUUAUAAAGCUUGUCGAUUUUGUUCUAUUUGUGGUAUAUGUUGUAAAGAAAACCGGCAUAUUUAUUUUCUACUUAAGCCUCCAAAUGGUGUAUUAGGAUGUCUGUAUAAACCUAAAAAUCUUCCAUUAUGA